ACGCAGCACGUGACCGCCGUCACCCGCGACCGCGUUCCACACUCCCCACUCCCUCCCUCCCCCGCCUGCCGAGACCGAGGCCGACGCCGCCCGAGGCCUCGACAUGCAGGCGGCAGGCGGCUGCCGCGCCGCCAACCUUUGCUCCCCGUCGCUCUCACGCUUUCGGUGUGGCUUCCGUCUCCCCGGCCGGGCCCGCCUCUUCUCUGAAGGCGUGGCGGCGGCGCCACUUCGCGUCGGCUACCUGCCCCAGCCGCGGACACAUGGCAGCGGCCGUUUCGCGCACCUCGAAGCCAUGGAUGCGGAGGCGCCGCGGCUGCCGCACGCCCUCCGGGGAAUGCUUAUCGAUCAUCAGAAGAUGGCAUGUCCCAACCUUCUGAAAGCUGCUGUACUUUCAACCAUGACAUUACUUGCUGUACCUCUUGAGGCAUCAGCGGAGAUGUGCCAACCACCUAAUUCUUUCGCCAAUAUGCCAAUUUUCAUUGCUGUAGCUCUAAUAGGAGCUGCUGUUGGCGGAUUGUUAGCACGCCAAAGAAAGGCAGAAUUGAAGCGGCUCAAUAAUCAACUUCGCCAGAUCAAUGCAGCACUUAGAAGGCAGGCACAGAUUGAAUCAUUUGCGCCUGGCCUUACUUAUGCGCCAGUUAGGAGAACAAAUGAAACUGAUGUUAUUGUUGACCCAAGGAAGCAGCAGUUGGUCACAAAUCUGAGAAAUGGGAAGAAUUACAUGAGGAAUCAAGAUCUUCAUAAGGCUAUAGUGGAGUUCAGAACAGCUUUGGAGCUUGCAGAGAGCAUAGGAGAUCGUUUUGAAGAAAAGAAAGCUGCACGAGGACUAGGUGCAUCGCUGCAAAGGCUCGGAAAAUACCGAGAAGCAAUGAGACAGUACACCAAGGUUCUGGAGCUGUCUAAGGAGACAGGUGAAGAUUCUGGCUGCACCGAGGCCUACGGUGCCAUAGCUGACUGCUACACCGAGCUGGGCGACCUGGAGCGAGCGGCGAAGAUAUAUGACAAGUACAUAUCGAGGCUGCAGCCCGGCGAAUAGAGAUCUGGGCAGCUGGCUCUUGAUUUCUUACAGACGAGACAGUGAGUUCCUUCCUGUUGGUUGUUUUUCUCGGCACAAGUCGUGGGUUUUGUCGGUCUGUUAAACUUGGCUGCAGGGCUUGGAUUUUUCUGAGAACGAUUUUGAUAUUUGUAUAGAAAUAAAUACUGAUGCUCUGAUAACACUGUUCCUUUUCUGAAGUAUUCCCGCCCGUCUUUCAUCAAA